UUUUUUACAGUCUAUGCUUGAUAUCAUCGCAUCAUUCUCCAUCCCAGCAGGUGGUGGAAUACGCAGCAAAAGCUGGUUUGCCAACCGCCGUAACACAUCUAAGAAGAUAAACAACAACAACAAAAAUAAGUAGGACGGAGCAUUCACGCUUCCUGGUUCUACGUCAAAACGCUGGCUCAUUAUUGGCCGGCUCCUGCAUUAGCAUCACAUGCUUGUGUCGUGCUGCUCACGUGAACAGCGCCAGCCAAUACUGAGCUUGUGUUCUGGUGUAGAACAUCUGAAGAUGAACGAAGUUCUUAUGGGUGUGGAACGACAUGAGGGUAAAUAACAUGUGACGCUAACACUGGAUUGAGCAGCUAAGCAGUAAACAUGCCUUUAAAAGUUGCAAAAUAUUGUGCAGUGCCAGUUUGUAGAAGAACACAGUCGCUGCAUAACCUUCCUUCUGAUUCAAACAUCAGGAAUGCGUGGUUGAACUUUGUUUUUAAUGAAGUUCCAGACCACGUGAAUAAGACACUGAGCAUUUGUUCGCUUCAUUUCACUGAGGAUUCUUUUGUAAACAAGACACAGUUCAAUGCUGGAUUUGCAGAGAGACUGAGAUUAAAAAAUGGUGCUGUGCCUACUAUAUUUGAUCCGACGAGAACGGCGAAACACACUACUAUCUGGUCCUCCAGUCACUGCUCACAUCUUCAUCCAAGCCAUUCCCAACUGAAAGCUGUAAAGAUGGAAGGGGACAAUAAUGAUAUCAGAAAUUCAGAAGCAUGUGGAGUGAAAGAUAAAGAUACAGAGGAACAAAGAGAUUUAAUGAAUGUGCAAGAGGAAAGUGAAGAAUUGAAUGAUAUGAAGAAGAAACAUCAGAUUCAGGACCUUCAUGAUGCCAAAACUAGAGAAAAAAAAGGACAAAAAAUAUCUCAAAGAGCAGAAGCCAAAAAGUCUAUUACCUGCCCUCUAUGUGGAAAGAGCUUCUCAUGUAAUUCAGUCUUUAUUGUUCACACAAGACGUCACACUGGCGAGAAGCCGUUCACAUGCCCUCAGUGUGGAAAGAGUUUCAUAAACAAAGGAAACCUUAGUAGUCACAUGCAAAUCCACAAUGAGGAGAGGCCGUUCACAUGUGACGAGUGUGGAAAGAGUUUCAAAUGGCCAUAUAGUCUCAGAGUUCAUAAGCUCAUUCACUCUGGAGAAAAGCCAUUUGAUUGCGAUCAGUGCGAUAAGAAGUUUCUUAAGGAAUCAAUUUUAAAGGGCCACAUGAAAGUUCACACAAAAGAGAAGCCUUACUUGUGUUCUGAUUGUGGUAAGACAUUUUCGUGGCUGGGGCGUUUUAAAGACCAUCAGAAAAUACACACUGGUCUGAAAGAUUAUUUGUGCUCUGAUUGCGGUAAAGCUUUUACUACAGCCACUCAGUUGAAAGUGCACCAAAGGACCCACACUGGAGAAAGACCUUACAAGUGUUCAUAUUGUGAAAAGAGGUUCAAGCAGAUGGGAACCCUGCAAGGACACGAGCGAAUUCACACUGGAGAGAAGCCUUAUCAGUGCCAUCAAUGUGGCAAGAGAUUCAACUGUUUCAAAACUACACAGAUUCACAGUAAGAAGCAUUGCCCAAAAUUAAAUGGUAUGUCAGCACAAUUAUAAAGCUGCUUUUAUUAUUAUUUGGGAGAGGUGUUUUUAUAUAAAUGUGGGAAUUGGCUGUCUUCAGAAAAGUGUCAGUGGUGAUUUCUUUUCUUCAUACCUCUGUAUAAUGCUGAAUAAAGUAUGUUUAAAAGUGCA